CAAAGGCCUAGCAAAGGGUCGGAGUCGACCCCACAGACCGCACAGGUCCGCUCGGGGCCAGGAGCGUCGGAGGCGCGCCGCCAACCGGGCCCAGCACAGACGUAACCGAGCGGGCGCGCGGACCAGGAAGCGGGAGAGCGCGAGUCCCAGCCCCAGGCGGGACUCCCGGCGCGCUCCGGGCUCCGCCAUGCUCGCCCUCCGAAGCGGCCUGCGGAGGGCGCUGGCCCGGCGGGCUCUGGCGCCGCAGAUGUGCUCAUCUUUUGCUACUGGCCAUAAACAAAAGGAUGGAGCAUUCUAUGAGUUUUGUACUUGCUAUCUGAAACCCUCAAAGAUGGAAGAGUUCGUGCAAAAUUUUAAGAACAACGUUCAUCUUCGGACGGCUUAUUCUGAAUUGGUUGGAUAUUGGAUAGUAGAAUUUGGAGGCAGAAUAAACACAGUGUUCCAUAUUUGGAAGUAUGAUGAUUUUGCUCAUCGAACUGAAGUUUACAAAGCCUUGGCCAAUGAUAAAGAAUGGCAAAAACGGUUCCUCAAUCCAAAUUUGAACUUCAUCAAUAAACAAGAGAGUGAAAUUGCCUACCUGUUACCAUGGUCCAAAUUAGAAAUGCCUCCAAAGGAAGGAUUCUAUGAGCUGUCUACUUUUCUGAUGAAACCUGGUGGCCCAGCUUUGUGGGGUGGUGCCUUUGAAAGGGCAAUAAAUGCCCAUGCGAAUCUAGGCUACAAUAAAGUAAUUGGUGUGUUCCAUACAGAAUAUGGAGUACUCAACAAAGUCCACGUUCUGUGGUGGAAUGAGAGUGCAGACAGUCGCGCAGCUGGGAGACAUCUGUCUCAUGAGGAUCCCAGGGUCGUGGCUGCUGUCCGGGAAAGUAUCAACUACCUAAAUAUUCAGCAGACUAUGUUCCUGAUUCCUCUGUCGUUUUCACCAUUGAAAUAG